AUGAAUAUUUCAAAGACAAAAUUCACAUUCGAUAAUUUCAUCUUGAAGUGGAAUUUACAUCUACGCUAUUCGUAUGAAAUAGCAUAUAAGCAGCAAAAACGAAAAAGUGAAAGCCGUCCUGUAUAUAUCGAAACAUACAUUACUCAGAACAAAAUUCAAAGCACACAGAUGUUGUUCUGCAUAGUAAUUGCGUCGACAUUCUUCAAUAUUUUCCUUCUCAACUUCGUCAACUGUGAUGGCAUCUUCUACCUUCAACGAGUUCCAUCAUCAUGUGUUCAAACUACUGUCACCAUGACAGAAGACAACACCACCACUACCAACUGUUUCAUUUUUUCUUGGCAACAAAUUGCUGACUUGACAACAAUCUAUACAACUUAUCAAGAUCCAACUACGAAUCAAACAUUUUAUGCACGAAUAGCUGCAUUAACUGUCCUCGGAACCAUCGAUAAUCAUGACUUGGACUAUCAUUGUCCACCAUCGGGCUACAACGGCGUUGCACCAGGAUGCUCUACACCGAACAACACUCAUUUAGUCGUUUUACACAUCAACGCUCUGGAUAAUAAGUUGUAUUCCAUCAAUGUUAUCCUCUCAGGAACACCAUUCCCUUCUCUUUCAUCUCUUGUCAACAAUCAACCUCCAUUUGGUACUGCUCGACAUGUUUUCGAUGGAGGAAUUUCAAGUCAAUCCACUGGCUAUUUGAAGAUUUGCAAAAGAAAUAGCAGCACUCAAUGCCCUAAUACCAAUACUAGUGCGCAUGCGUUACCGUAUCCUUUACCAAGCAACACAGGCUAUGGAAUCUUCGGUAUCAAAAUGUAUAAUUUUGUGACGAAUUCAGUGUGGAUUAUGGAUGAUGUUAAUCAAAUACUCAUCUGUACUGCAGGAACGACAUACUAUUAUUUCAAUUCGACUGGCUUUUUCAUUUAUGAUUAUUCAUCGAACACAUGUACAUGGUCACCAGCAUGUAAUUAUCAAUGUGAAGUUUAUAAUUAUAACUCUCGAUUUUUGGACUAUGCUGGUGAAUGGGUGAUCACAAAGAAAUGGGGUGUCGGAGAUGUGAAACCAGUCGCUGCACAAGCGUGGAUAGGUAAUGCCAUCGAUGCUGCUGGUAUCUUUCCUGUUAUAUUGUACACCGACAAUGCGACAGGUCAUUAUAUUGGUUUGGACAAACUCGAUCCAAUUCCAAUGUCAAACAUGGGUGCUUCGUAUUGGUAUACAGCACAUGAUGAUACAAUAGUUGGAGAAAGUGUUUUGAAGUAUCAUCCGAAUGUGGUCGAUGUUGGAUGUGUGAGUCAACUAAGUGAUUGGACUGGGCCCAUCAGUGAUGGUGAAAUGAUUAUGACAUCGAAAGAUAUUCGACUGAUUCUUUGGGCAACAUUCUUUCUGUACUUCUUUGUCGCUUAA